AUGUGGCUUCACUCAUCGUCGAGCAAGUGCCGUGAAGAGACCGUCCGUGAUCUUUAGCCGACGAUACCGUCGCCGCCGCCGCUACCGCCGCGAUCUUAAGGAGUUUUGUGCGACAGAUAGUAAACACCACAGCUGUUGUUUGUCUACUUUUCCCCGUUGUCUACACAUUGAUUAAUUGGCCUCCCGCCGCAAGAGCAAUUCGCUACAAGGGUGUAAUCUGAAGUGUCUCCCUGAAGUGACUGCCAACCGCCACCGGAGGCACUCCGUGACGAAUUUCCAGAAUACUCUCGAGACGUAUUUGAGAAUACGAGCCACCGGUCCAAACAAGCGACCAACGACCAGUUGCCCCACCAUCGAUCAUCUCGAGACGAUCACUGGCACGAGAGGAAAGGGUCCAUUAUCAGGCUCGCGGGUUUACAUAAAAGAAAACAUCAUGACGUCACUGGUGGUGCUGGAAAACAACAACAACAACAACAACCAUUACCAGCUCGAUGGCGACAAAGAUUCCUCGACGACGUCGGGCGAUCGCGAGGGCGAAAAAUAUCUUCGCGAGCUGACGAAAACUUUUACCGGGAUCGACAAACCGCUCAAGAACGCCCGCAAAUGCGAGACGCUAACCGAUCUGAUACGUGAACUGCGACAAACCUUCGACUCGGACCACGUCAACAUCGAGUACGUGAACCAUCUGAUGCUGAGCUACGAAUCGAACCCAGCCGAAUGGCGCAAGUUUGCCAAGUUUGACCGUUUCCGCUAUACAAGGAACCUUGUGGAUGCUGGAAAUGGUAAAUACAAUCUCAUGAUACUGUGCUGGAACGAGGGCCACGCGUCGGCCAUCCACGAUCAUGCUGAUUCGCACUGCUUCAUGAAGAUGCUGAAGGGACAGCUGAUGGAGACGCGCUACGCCUGGCCAAAGGAUGCGUCCGUCAGUGAGGACUGCAAGGCGGACAUCGGCAAUGGCAACGUGGUGACCGGUGGCCAGCACCAGGAGGAACAGGAGUACAACGGGGACGAGCUGGAGGAGCUCUCCCGCAGCACUCUCGAAACGAACGGUGUGUGCUACAUUAACGAUACGUUGGGGCUCCAUCGGGUCGAGAAUCCGAGCCACACGGAUGUAGCCGUCUCGCUGCACCUGUACUGUCCCCCGUUCGAUGUGUGCUCCAUCUUCAACAAGCAAACCGGGAAGCGCACCAAGUGCAACGUAACAUUCUGGAGCAAGUUUGGCAAGCGUGAUCCUGCCAACGCAAACUGAUCGGGAAUAAAGGGGGGCAGUGGUGCAAGGUAUUGGAAAAUGGCAUUUGUCGACUGAGGGCAUGGCUCGUCACUAGUGGAGCAAUAAAGUAGUUGCGUUUUGAAUAGCAUUAAUCGCAUGUUGAGCAUAUAGUAGUGCGGAACUGUUUGUCUGGCGUGUUUUAAAGUGUACGGCGCGCGUGUUCGUGUUAAAUUACUUGAUAAGGUUUAAGUUAGCGGGGAGGGACAGGAUCAUGAUCUUCCGAAUUGUGAACAGCGGGAAUAGCUUGUGAGCGAAUGAUAAUUUUGCAUCCCAUUGCUACUUAAUGAAGUUGUGAUAAAUAAAGCAAUAGUAAGUUCUCAA